AAACAUACUUGGUGCAAUAAUUUCCGCAAAAUGGAGCAAAGGAGCUAAAAGAAUUCAUAAUUCUAACAAUGAGCGUUACUAUAUUCGAUCAGGUCCCUGUGCAAUUGUUCUAAAGAAAUUUAUGAAACAAUCUUCUUUGCUUACGGAAGAGCAGUUUCAAGAUCGAUCUGGUUGUUGUUUAUAUGGAAUUACCCAGAAUCCCUCGACAUUAGAAUACAUGUUUGUAGAAUCUACAUUUCUAUGCAGCAGUUGUCUUCAUAAAAAGCAGCUUCAAGAUCGAUCUGAUUGUUGUUGUUUAUACGGAAUUACUCAAGAUCCUUCAACACUAGAAUAUAUGUUUUUUCCUGAAUGGAUUUCAUAUGACUCUUUAACUGAAAUAAAAUCUAUUGGCAAAGGCGGGUUCGGAAAUAUAUAUUCUGCAAAAUGGGAUAAAGGAAUAAAAUGUUUUGCUGUAAUAGACGGAAACAAAUAUUAUACUCGAUCUGAUCCCUGUACUGUCGCAUUAAAACAAUUAAAAGGUGAAAAAGACUCCAUUCAUCUUUUUCUUAAAGAGAUUCAAGCUCAAUUUAAUUGUUGUCAUUUAUAUGGAGUUACCAAAGAUCCUUCAACAUCACAAUACAUGUUUGUAAUGCGCUAUGCACCACAAGGAGAUCUUCGACGAUUCUUGCAGAAAAAUUUUGAUAAAUUAACCUUAGAAAGCAAAUUGAGUAUAGCACAGUCUAUAUGUAUGGAACUUCAAAAUAUUCAUGCUAAAGGUUGGGUACACGGUGAUCUUCAUUGUGGAAAUAUUUUAUUAUUAAAUGAGAAAGAUGCCUUUAUUUCAGAUUUUGGAUUAUGUCGACCAAUAAAUGAAACGAAGAUGCAUGAAAAAAAAUUUUAUGGGGUCAUACCAAAUAUUGCACCAGAGAUAUUUCGUCUUCAAUCUCCAUAUUCUCAGGCAGGAGACAUUUAUAGUUUAGGCAUCAUUUUAUGGGAAUUGGCUUGUGGACUUCCUGCAUUUUCAAACAGAUCGCAUUGUGCAAACUUAAUAAUGGAUAUUUGUAAUGGUCUUCGACCCAAAAUAUGUCAUUUUGCACCUCCAACUUAUAAUGAUUUGCUAAGAAGAUGUUGGGAUCAAAAUCCUUCAGAACGACCGACUAUAAGCGAAGUAUUAAAUUCUAUUAAUCCGUUAUGUAUAUGUUUUAGGUAUAAUUAUGAUAGUAUUCAGAAUAUUACUGUUGAUGAAAGGCAAUAUUGGACUACUCGAAAAAAAUUUAAAUUUGUAUCAUUGUCUGGUUAUAUAGAGGAAUUGACACUUGAUGAAUAUGGAUCUAAAUAUAAAGAGGUCAAUAGAUGGAGAAAUUCAAGUUUAAAACGAGAUCUGAUUAAUUCGCAUAAUGCAACUAUGACAUAUAAUAUUAUGAAAUGGAAACCGGAUAUUCCUAUUCAUCCGAAUGCGGUAUAUAAAAGUCGCAUGAUUAGUAUUAGUAAUGAGUAUAUGACUCGCCAAAAUGAUAUGACACUUCGAUAUGAAAUUUCUGAUAUACUAUCAUAA